AUGAGAGUUUUUAGUUGUUUAAUUAUCAUCAACUUGCUUUAUCUAACACUUUUCGUUGUUAUUUUUGUUUUAUUCGUUGCCAACAACUCUCCAAUUGACAGUUUUACUCUCAAUUCAUCUCCAACAACGUAUUUACACACUCAAAUCGAUGUUAAACCAAAAAAUAAAAAUGUGAACAAAAACAACGAAUCCAGUAGUUCUAAUGUUAAUAUUCAAAAAGCAAACCAAACUUUUAUAAAGUUCCAACAAUCGACUUUUCACAACUCUUUUAUAGAUUUAAGAAAUUUCAAUUAUAACGGGGUUUGUAAAGACGUUUAUAAAUACACAGCAAACAAUGAAAGAGACUUGUGGCUCACUUCUUAUGCGUACGAAAACUACAAAUCAUUUCUCAAUGCAAAUGUGACUACGCCGUUUGUUUUAGACUUACUCAACUCGUCAAUUCCACACGCCACAAAAGUUUUUUUAUUACUCUCCGACCCACCUUACAAUACCUUUGCGAGUGAAAUGAAGACAAAAUACAACAUUUCUGUCAUACAAUUUGAUGUCACUUUAGAUAACAAGACAAACAAAGGUAAUGCCGCAACGAGGAGGAUGUUAGCUUGGAAAGAGUGGCUUGCACCUCGUCGUCAUUUGUAUGACCGCGUCUUCAUUUCAGACCUUCGUGACAUUUAUGUCUUUGGCGAUCUUUUUGCGACGUUCUCCACUGAUGAUCUGGUCCUUCAAAUGGAGUGUUUGGACACCAAAAACAAAUGCACCAAAUUCUUAAAUGGGACGUUUAAUUACAAGUGGAUGAUCAAAUCCUUUGAUUUAAAGACGGCAAUUGAUUUUAGUAAAAAUGGCUCUAUUGUUAGUAACGUCGGGGCAACGUUUGGGGGAACUGAAAAGAUCUACGAGUACCUCACGGUGAUGGCUAACAAUAUUAAUAUGACGAAAUGGGACGUCUGGGGGUACGACCAGUGUUUACAUAACUCGGUCAUAUACUCAAGACAACUCGACUAUUUAAACCCAACACUUGAAAAUGCACACAAAGAAUGUGCGCUAUGGAGAGAGAAACGUUAUAUAUG